AUGGAGGACGUAGGUGAAACGACUGAGAUUGGCAGGUACCUGAUUUUUCUCAGAGACCGGCCUCGGUUUCUGGUUCUGACUGAGGUCCUGGACGCAGAGAAUUCUGAACCGAUGGAAUGGGAGCCCAAGGCUUGGAUGAGGCUGCACACGCAUGUGCCUGCCCCUCAGCUCUGGGUCGAUGGUGGCCUAACCGACAGCCUCCCAUUGCUGCCCAUGGGUCACAUCGUGACCUUCUCGCCCUUGAGUGGACAGGCAGAAGUGUUGUCGCUGGACGUGGGGUGGCCUGGUAUGUGCGUGAGAGUCGCCAAGCAGGACGUCACCGUCUCAGUGGCCAACCUGGUGCGUGUGCAGCAGGCACUGUUCCCGCCAGGCCUGCAGAUGCUGGAGGCGAUCUACUGCAGGGGAAUGACUGACACCGUGCGCUUCCUGCACAGGGAGCCGUGGGAUCAGUAA